AUGACGGGUACAACUGUUGCUGAUGCUAUGCCUACUGCUACUUCAUGUCGAAUGAAAGCACCCAUCGGGCCUCCUCUGUUGAGACCACCACGGUCUAUAACGCUAGAGAUCCUGCCACCACUCUUUUGUCAGUCAAUAUGGCCAACAUCACCAAACUCACGAACAACAACUACAUCUCGACAGAUCAAAGCUCUUCUUGAAGGACAUGAGCUUCAUGGCUUUAUUGACAAGACCACCACAGUUCCUGAAGCCACGAUCGUUGUUGAUGGUCAAACCAUACCGAAUCCGGACUUUCCACCAUGGCGACGUCAGGAUCGACUUCUCUAUAGCGCGCUCAUUGGUGCGAUCACUCUGCCUCUCCAAUCGGUGGUCACAAGUGCUACUACGACAUGUGAAGUGUGGGAUCUCCUAACCAUGACGUUCGGUACUCCCUCUCGUGGUCAUAUUCAACAGUUAAAAUAUCAACUCCGAACAUGUGUCAAAGGCGUCAAGACGAUCAGUGAGUACCUUCGGCUCAUCAAAUCCAAGGCUGACGAUCUCGCUCUACUUGGUAAGCCUAUGGAUCCAGAAGACAUCACCGAACAAAUUCUCGCUGGACUGCCUGAAGAAUACAAACCGGUAGUUGAUGCCAUUAAUGGUAGAGAUACGACAAUCUCUUUCUCUGAGCUGCAUGAGAAACUUCUCAAUCGCGAGGCAAUGGUAGUCUGCAAGGACACCGCUCCACCUACUCUUACUCCAGUUACUGCAAAUGCUACUGGUUACCGUCCAAAACAGAAUGGACAGAACAACUGGCGACCUCAACAAAACCGCAACAACAACAACUCUGGUCACUACCAGAACAGCAAUCAUCGUCCAUCUAAGCAAUACAUGGGACGUUGCCAGGCAUGUGGUGUUCAAGGUCAUAGCGCCAAGUAUUGUCCUCAAUACCGUAUUGUUCCAGGCUCCUCUGCUCAGCCAUGGACCCCUUCUCCACAGAACCAGUUAUCGAACCAGAACUGGCGUCCUAACUCACAACAACCGUGGCAUCCAACAGCCAAUGCUGCUAUGGUCACGGGUGAUUCAGCUACAUGGCUCCUGGACUCUGGCGCUUCCCACCACAUGACCUCGGACCUUGGUAAUCUGUCACUUCAUGCGCCAUACAAUGGAGGCGAUGAUGUUAUUCUUGGUGACGGUUCCGGUCUACAGAUAUCACACACUGGUUCUUUCUCAUUACCCUCUUACAAACAACCUUUUUUUCUUAAUAAUGUUCUAUAUGUUCCUUCGCUUGAUAAAAAUCUGAUCUCGGUUUUUCAACUAUGUUCCACUAACAAUGCCUCGGUUACAUUUACACCAACUUUCUUCCAGGUAAGGGAUUUGAUUACGGGGGCACUUCGUCUGGAAGGGAAGCCUAAGGAUGGCACUUAUGAGUGGCCACGAUCCCCUUCCACCAAACCACCAUCUCUUGCUUUUGCUUCGGCUAUUAAGACAUCUAUUUCUGAUUGGCAUUCCCGUUUGGGCCAUCCAGCUUUACCUAUUCUUAAAACUAUGAUUUCUAAGUUUAAGUUACCAUUAUCAUCUACUGUUUUGCUUGCUAAGCCUUGUAGUGCUUGUUUGAUUAAUAAAAUGCAUAAGCUUCCUUUUGGUCCAACAACUAUUGUCUCUUCUUGUGUUCUUGAUAUAGUCUUCUCUGAUGUUUGGACCUCUCCUUUAAUUUCAGUAGAUGGUUUCAAAUACUAUGUGAUUUUUGUAGAUCAUUUCACUAGAUAUACAUGGUUUUAUCCAUUGAAACAAAAAUCUCAAGUUCUUGAAACUUUUACUAAGUUUAAAGCUUUGGUUGAAAAUCGAUUUCAAUCCAAACUUAAAACUUUAUAUACUGAUAAUGGUGGAGAAUAUAUUGCUCUAGCUCGGUUUUUAUCAACUCAUGGUAUUUCUCAUUUUACUUCUCCUCCACAUACACCUGAGCACAAUGGUAUAGCUGAGCGUCGUCAUAGACACAUAGUUGAAACCGGCUUAACCCUCUUGUCGCAAGCUUCUAUGCCUAAGUCAUAUUGGACUUAUGCUAUGGCUACUGCUGUGUACUUAAUAAAUCGCAUGCCAACAUCUAACUUAUCUAUGAAAUCACCAUUUGAAUGUCUCUUUGCUACAACUCCUAAUUAUUCAAAGCUUAGAGUGUUUGGUUGUUUAUGCUUUCCUUGGUUAAGGCCUUAUGCAUCAAAUAAGUUAGAUAAUAGGUCAACUCCCUGCAUAUUUCUAGGUUAUUCUAUAACUCAGAGUGCUUAUUUCUGUCUUGAUAGAGCUACUACACGCAUUUAUACUUCAAGACAUGUCACUUUUCAUGAAUAUGUGUUUCCUUUUACUUUGCCUAAUGACCUCACCUCUGUUUCUGAUGAUGAUGUAACAGAAGCUCAACGUGCAGAUAACUCCUUUGUGUCCAAGAUACCGAUAAUUCCUUCACGUUCCCCUACCUCUGCUACUCCAAUACCGGUCCCUGCUGCAACUCAAAUACCAGUUCCUGCUGCAACUCCAAUAUCAGCUCCUGCUGCUGCUGCAACUCCAAUACCGGCUCCUGCUGUAACUCUAAUCAUGACUCCUACUGCUGGCUCAACUCCUCAAUCCUCUUGUCCCAUACCUACUGCAGCACAACCUGAAACGCUAGCCACAGAAGCUCCAAUGACUCAGACAGAGAAUGUGGCAACCACUACAGUUCCUACCCGGGUGUCUACACGAGCUAGAAAACCUGUUCAGAAGCUGAACCUUCAUACAACAAUUACUCCACUCACCGAAACUAUACCAACAUCGGUCAAGGAGGCUUUGAAAGAUCCUCGGUGGCGUCGCGCAAUGUAUGAAGAACUUGAUGCUCAACUAAAGAAUCACACAUGGGAUGUCGUUGAUUCAUCCGGCCACUUUAAUGUUGUAGGCUGUAAGUGGGUUUUCACAAUAAAGAGGAAUGCUGAUGGGUCUGUUGAUAGGUUCAAAGCUCGCCUAGUUGCUAAAGGAUUCAAUCAACGCCCUGGUGUUGACUACACCGAGACUUUCAGUCCUGUAGUGAAACCGGCAACGAUCAGACUGGUUCUCAGCACCUCUGUCUCCAAGCAAUGGCCUAUCAGACAGUUUGAUGUUAAUCACGCUUUUCUUCAGGGGACACUGGAUGAUGAGGUCUACAUGAUGCAACCUCCUGGUUUUGUAGACAAGGACAAUCCUCAUGGUGUCUGUAAGCUACGCAAGGCUGUAUAUGGUUUGAAACAAGCUCCUAGAGCUUGGUAUAAUGAAUUGAAGUCAUUUCUCCUCCACUGCGGUUUCAAGAACUCCCAAGCCGAUGCAAGCCUGUUCAUCUACAACCGCAAUGGCACUCUCCUAUACAUGCUUGUAUACGUUGAUGACAUUAUCCUUACCGGGAACAACAAUGAUCAACUCAAGAUCUUUAUUGAUCAACUCUCUACUCGCUUCUCUUUAAAAGACUUGGGCAAUCUUUCAUAUUUUCUUGGAAUGGAAGCUAUACGUACUUCUCAGGGUCUCUUACUAACACAGUCUCGUUAUAUUGCAGAUUUACUGGAGAAAACAAAGAUGACUGGCUCCAAAUCCGUAGCUACCCCGAUGUGUCCUAGCAGCCACUUAACUCUUAACGGUGGUUCCCCAAUGACAGACCACACACAAUACCGAAUGGUUGUGGGGAGCUUACAAUAUCUUUCUCUCACACGUCCAGACAUCUCCUUUGCCGUCAACAAACUAUCUCAAUUCAUGCACCAACCCACCGAAGAACAUUGGCAAGCGGUCAAGAGACUUCUUCGCUAUCUGAGUGGGUCACAAGCCAAAGGCAUCUAUUACUCUGCGAAGAACACCCUCUCAAUUCAUGCUUAUACUGAUGCUGACUGGGCUGGGAACAAGGAUGAUUACACAUCAACUGGUGCCUACAUUGUCUACUAUGGACGUCACCCCAUUGCCUGGUCAUCCAAGAAACAAACGGGCGUGGCACGGUCCUCUACUGAAGCUGAGUACCGGUCUCUUGCCUCUACUACAGCUGAGCUAUGUUGGAUUCUUUCUCUCAUGUCUGAACUUGAUAUCAAAACGACACAAAUCCCAGCCAUUUACUGUGACAACAUCGGGGCGACAUAUCUAGCUGCUAAUCCUGUCUUCCACUCCAGGAUGAAGCACCUUGCCUUAGAUUACCAUUUUGUUCGACAUCAGGCUAAAAUAAUAAUUAAUUUAAAUUGUUGCUGCAGGACAAACAAGAACUUACAAUACGACUUGGUGAUGAGCUUCAUCCUCAUAAUCCUCAACGUUGCAGCAAUCCUGUAUAUGGCACACCACAAGAUUGCUUUUACCGCAAAUAACUUUUAUUUCCAGCUUUUCAUUGUUUGGUACUUCAUUUCUGGCAUAGCGAGUUGCCUGGUUUGGUCCGCCGCAAUUGUCCUAGUCGAAGCUUAUGACAUGUACAUCGUGGGACGUAUCUGUCACAUCUUUGGCUUCGCUAUUCUCCUCCACCUCCUCUAUUGUAUUUCUCCACGUCUGACCCUAUGGUUCGGUAUACCAUGUUCGUUAUGGUUCCUAGCCGCUUUCAUUGAACCUCUUUACACAGUUCAUCUACCUCCAGUAUUUGAAGAUUUCCGAAAUUGCUGGAAGUUUGUGAAUGAAGAACAAGUUAGAGUUGUUACAGUUUAGUUUUUAUAUCAUUAAUUUCUUUAGACCCUCUUAGUAUAAAAGAAUGAGAUGAGUUUUUUUUUCUUAGGUUUUUUUUUAUAUGUACAAUCUAAUAACAUUUGAUUUUGGAAAAACUAAUAAUAAUUCAUGAUUCCAAACGAUUCCUUUCACAAAAACUAAUUUUUUUUUCGAGGUGCACCUAUAUACAAAUCUAGGUUUGGACAUAAUCUAAAUCUUCGACACUAAAUCUAUACAAUAGGAUGAUGACGAUCUCCACGCUCCUUCGUUGAGGAGAAAAUGGGUCACUUGUUUGUCUUCUUCAUGAGAGGUUCACUCUGUCCGGAUCCAAUUCCGGUGAAUUUAACCACUGUCCUAACCGUUUUGGUGAGAACCAAGGUUUUGAAGUGAUUGAUAGGGUAUUUUGUUACUCGGAUUUUUUUUUCAAAAAAUGAAACUACAUGUCAAUUCAAUCCCCUAAGAAUGGGGUUUAAUUAAAGGGAUAAUUAAAUCGGUUUAAAGAGGCUCAUGUAUAUAUCUGACAAUAGCAAUAGGAAAGGAUCAAAACUGGGGCGAUUACAACAUGUGUAUAUAACAUCACAAAUACUUCAUUACAACUCACUCACCAUCACAUUUAUAGUCGAUGAGAGGAAACCAAAUGCUAACCACGUUGUGUUUUGGCUCGAGAAGCGCCUAGCUGCACAGGGAAUUAUUCUUGGAACCAAUAAUGUUAGAUUUGGAACUUUGCACAAUACGUAAAGACAUGACUAAUCAACACUCAUGAGGUUCCGUUAAAAUCAUAAAUUAAUAUUUUUUGUAUAUAUACAUAUUAUAUAAGCACAAAGAAACAAUUAUAUUAUUUGCUUUAUUUCACAAUAGAAUUAUCUCUAUAUUUUUUUUAAUAUUUCCAUACAUUUUACUAAUAUUUAGUAAAAUUACAAAAACAUCUCUAUAUUUUCUUAACAUUUUCAUAUAUUUUGCUAAUAUUUAGUAAAAUUAUAUAUAAACCGUUUAUAAGUUUUAUAAAACAUAUUUUAUAUACACCAAAUAAUAUAAUAAAAAAAUAUGAAAGUCAAAAUUCAAAAGUUUAAUUAAUGUAUA